AAUCGAUGUAGAAUCAUCUUUUUAUAGUAGUGCCUUAACCUCCAUCCAAAGAACCAAAUCCAUCUCAAAAUCUCAUUCCUCUCCAAACAUGAAAGACACCAUUGUUCUAUACCCUAAUCUUGGUAGGGGACACCUAGUCUCCAUGGUGGAGCUAGGAAAACUCAUUCUAACCCAGUACCCUUCACUUUCCAUCACUAUACUCAUCCUCACUCCUCCCAUCACCCCUUCCACCACUACCAUCGCAUGCGACUCUAAUGCUAGAUACAUCACCACUGUCACCGCCACCACCCCCGCCAUCACGUUCCACCACGUCCCCUUCAACUUUAACACCCCCUCCCUCCCCCUUCACAUCCUCUCCCUCGAAUUCACCCGCCACAGCACGCAAAACAUCACCGUUGCACUCCAAACCCUCGCCAAAGCCUCGAACCUCAAAGCCCUCGUCAUGGACUUCAUGAACUUCAAUGACCCCAAAGCCCUCACCAAAAAUCUCAACAACAACGUCCCCAUUUACUUCUACUACACUUCUUGCGCCUCCACUCUCUCUACUCCUUCGUUGUAGAAGCAAAGCUUCAAGAAUUAUUUUGAUGAUGCCAAGGAAUUUCAAAGAUCAUUCAAGAUGAAUUUCAAGGAUGAAGAAAGCAAGAUGUCAAGCAAAAG